UUAGUCGUUUGUAUGAAAACAAAUGUCUACUUUGUUUAAAAGGAACGCAGGCCUAAGGUAAUUCGAUGCUUGGUUAUACAAGACAAUUUCUCAACUUUACACUAUGGUAACCUUAGAGAUGAUAUCACUUUCUAAAACCAUGAACCAUUACAAACGUUUGAGGAAGGUGACAUUAUUGAGAGAAAAAGAGACACAGAAACAAGAGAGAGAGAGAAAAAAAGAUAUGGAGAGAGAGAGAGGUGGGAACAAAUAAGUAUUGAAUAAAAACAUGAAGAAGAGAAAAAGAUACAUUAAUAUUAUUGAAGCAGAGAAGAGCUACACUUGUAAAAUAUCUAACUGAAAUGUUCUGUACAAAACCUGGUUUAAAUAAAAAAAAUUUCUCUCAUGAAAAUUCCGUGAAGUCAGUUUAUUUCUAAUUCUAUUUUACUGGAAUUUAUAAUUAUAUUUUAUAUCUUAUUGGAAUAUAAUUGUGUUCAUGCAUUAAAGAUUUCUAGCAUUGGAUUAUCUCAUUGCUUGCAUAGCUUCGUGUGCAUUUACUUUGGAGUAAAUCUGUCAGUAUGCAGAUAAGGGUAGAGAUGUAUUGAAACUGGAUCAAUGUAUCAGGCAAUGGAAGUGGAAAGUACGUCUCCAUCAGGUUUUUUCCUGGAUUUCUAUACACAAAGCACAAUACCAACAACAGACUUCCUCAACAACACAAACAGCAGCCAUCCAAUUCGAGAUGAAAAACUUGUCAAAAUUGAAAUUGCUGUGUUGGGUACAUGUUUCACUCUGGCAAUUAUCAAUAAUCUUUGUGUUCUGUUGGUCCUUUUAUGGCGCCGUAAAAAGGUUCGUCGCAUGCAAAUGUUUAUAUUGCACCUGAGUAUUGCAGACCUCAUAGUUGCUUUCUUUAACAUUUUGCCACAGCUUAUAUGGGACAUCACAUUUCGAUUUAUGGCUGGUGAUGCCAUGUGCCGCUUCAUCAAAUAUGCUCAGAUGUUUUCAUUAUACUUGUCUACAUAUAUCUUAAUCAUGACAGCUGUUGACAGAUAUCGAGCAAUUUGUCAUCCCCUCUCUAACCAAACUUGGACUCCAUGCAUGGUGUAUUGUAAGAUAUUUAUAGCUUAUGCAAUUGCUACCAUUUUUAGCAUCCCACAAGCAAUCUUGUUUCAAAUGCAAGAGGUAAAUGAAGGAAGUGGCAUUUAUGACUGCUGGGUUCAUUUUGAACCUGCUUGGGUCCUCACAGCUUAUGCUUUAUACAUCUUUUUUGCUCUUUAUCUCAUCCCAAUCUUGAUUCUGUUCUUCACGUAUGGUUCCAUCUGCUAUACAAUAUGGGCAAAAUAUCGACAUGCCAUUAAAACUAAAAAAGACGCAAACACUCGUUAUCCACAGAGACGGAAAAAAAAGGGAGUAAUCUUGAGAACACAUUCAGUGCAUGGUUUUUCCAAAGCAAAACUCAACUCUGUGAAACUUACAUUUGCUGUGAUAGUCACAUACAUAAUAUGCUGGUCACCGUUUUUUGUCUCUCAGAUCUGGUGGCUGUUUGAUGAAACAGUUGUUGGAAAUGCUGGUGUCGUAGUAAUUCUACUGAUGGCAUGUCUAAACAGCUGCACUAAUCCAUGGAUUUACCUGAUUUUCAAUAGAAAUUACAUUUCCAAUGUCUUGCCAUGUAAAUGCUUGCGCCGCCACAGAGUGGAAGUAGCUGCUACUACCGAGACAGAACGGCUGUCACUAGGCAGUGUUCGUAGAGAUUCUAGAAAGACCUCUGAUCCUAAAAGGAUCUCUGAAUCUAGAAGGAUUUCUGAUGCUAGAAGGAUCUCUGGCAAGACUCAAAAAAACAAUAGUUCUUCUCCACGAAAGACAUCAGACCAAUUCAUUUAUUCAGAUAAAACCACAAUAUUAUGAUGAAAUCUGUGUCAUUGUUGAAAAGCUGAAGAUCGAAUUAUUUGAAAUUAUGAUUCCUGCAACCACGGAUAAUAUAUAUAUUAGUUUUUAUUGCAUGAGUGUGGUGUGUAUGUAUACAUGCACAUGUGUUAAUGUGUGUGUGUGAGUGCUUAUAUUUAUAUAUGAUGGCAUAGGAAUACCUGAAUGUACCCUGGUGAUGUGUGUAAAGUUUGUUGUAUAUAUAUCUUCCAACUAAGAUUAUCGCCUAAACUUUAUUUUUUUUAUAUGUGUGUAUGUGUAUUAUUCAUGCGCGCGCGUGCACACACACACACACACACACACACAUGCAUGCAUGCACACACAUAUGUAUAUACAUAUAUAUAUACAUAUAUAUAUAUGUAUGUAUAACUGAGAACAAACCGGUAAUCAUUUUGGGGUAAUCUUUUACUACUUAUGUAUGUAUGUAUGUAUGUAUCUAUCUAUCUAUGUUAUGUAUGUACAUAUGUAUGUAUGUACAUAUGUAUGCAUGUACAUACAUAAAUCUGGAAUAAAGCUGUGCAGUUUCAUUUGUCUCUAUAUACUUUUUUCUUUAUGUAUAUAUAUGUUUUAACCAUCAAGAGACAAAAAGGAAUAUGAUAUCAUAACAGAAUGUAGAAGUUUACUUAUUCAGUCUAUGUCUGUGAACAUGUGCAUGUAUGUGUGUGAAUAUGUGUACAUGUGUGUGCGUGUGUGUGUGUGUUUGCGAGUUUGUGUUUAUCUGUGAGAUAAUAGAUUUUAUAAAGACUAAACCCAAUGAAACUGAAUGUAAACCCACCCAAGUAUUAGAUAUAUCACUGAAAAAAUAUUUCAGAUUAUAAUAAACUAAAACUAUAAUAAAUGG